GGCUCUGCUGUGCAAUGACGGAGCAGGUAACUUCCAGCCCCGUCUCAACAGAGCUGAUGGCCACCACUGACUUCUACCCCUGGGAGGAGGGGUACUCGGGCGAGUCCGGCAUGUUGCCUGAGCUCUGUGAGAAGCAGGCAGUACAGGGCUUCGCCCGCACCUUCCAGCCUGCCGUGUACCUGCUGCUCUCACUGCUGGGCACAGUGGGGAACGGGCUGGUGCUGCUCACACACACCCGCUACCGCCAGGUACACAGUGUCACCGAUGUCUGCCUCCUGCACCUCGCUCUGUCUGACCUCCUGCUGCUCCUGACGCUGCCCUUCGCCAGCACCGACACGCUGCAGGGCUGGUCCCCAGGCACAGCCGCCUGCAAGGCGCUGCAGGGUCUCUACGCCCUCAACUUCUACAGCGGCUUCUUCUUCCUCACCUGCAUCAGCGUGGAUCGCUAUGUGGCCAUUGUGCGGGUGCCGGCUGCCUGCCGCCUGCGCCCACGAGCUCGCCGCCACGGCUGGCUGACGGCAGGGCUGGCCUGGCUGCUGGCCCUGCUGCUAGCCCUGCCCCAGUUCAUCUACAGCCAGGCAGAGCAGCACCAGGAUCUCCGGCUCUGUCGUGUCGUCUUCCCCCGUGGAGUCUCACGGGCAGCCCGGGGAGCCACCAACCUGGUGCAGGUGGUGCUUGGUUUCCUGGUGCCCUUCCUGGUGAUGGCGAGCUGCUACGCAGCCGUGGCACGGACACUGCUGGCGGCCCGCGGUGCCCAGCCCCACCGGGCGCUGCGAGUGCUGCUGGCCCUCGUGCUGGUGUUCGUGGCCCUGCAGCUGCCCCACAGCCUGAUGGUGCUGCUGGACGCGGCCGAGCUGCUGGCCAGCUGGGAGAUGAGCUGCGCCCAGAGCCGCCGCAAGGACCUGGCGCUGCUGGUCACCGGCGGGCUGGCGUACCUGCGCUGCUGCCUCAACCCCCUGCUCUACGCCUUCCUCGGCCAGCGCUUCCGCCGGGAGCUGUGGCUGCUCGCCAGCGACGCCGGCUGUGUGGGGUCCCUCGACCCGCCCUGCUCCGGCUGCCCCAGUCCCCGGCGGCGGACAUCGCUCUCCAGCUGCCUGGACGUGGUGUAGGAGCACAGCGGCCGGG